AUGGUCACGCUAUCGAUUUCAGUACGGCCGCCGCCCAUCGCCCCUGCGUGGCGCAUCACCGUGGCGCGUGGCCGCAACGCCUCCUCCAAUGCGGUCGCGGUUAGCUCGAAUGCUCGAACCGAGGGGCCACCGGACGCGUGUGGUAACCCUGUAACGUGUGACGGCCGCCCUCGCAUGCUGCGCUCUCCGUGGUGUGAUGUGCCGCCAUGUGCGCGGCCACUCCCCGCCAUGUGCGAAGCCACUCCCCGCCAUGUGCGAGGCCACUCCCCGCCAUGUGCGAGGCCACUCCCCGCCAUGUGCGAGGCCACUCCCCGCCAUGUGCGAGGCCACUCCCCGCCAUGGCUCACUGCGCCUCGCUGCUUGUUCCCCUCCACCUCUGUUCCCCCUCUCCAACGUGGGAAUCCGCUUCUGCAACCUCACCCGCGCCCACCUCCCGCAUCCCCCGUUGCGCCCGUCCCCCGCCAGACGCAUCUCGCGCCGUGCAGACGGCGUUGGCGGACGGCCUCACGCGCAUCGAAGUCGACUUCCCGUCAGUCCCCCGCCCGCCCCUCCCCCUCCACCUCACGCUGCUCACCCGCCCGCCACCCCUUUCCCACCACGUUCCAUGACAUCACCACCAUGUUCCAUGGCAUCACCACCAUGUUCCAUGGCAUCACCACCAUGUUCCAUGGCAUCACCACCAUGUUCCAUGACAUCACCACCAUGUUCCAUGACAUCACCACCAUGUUCCAUGACAUCACCACCAUGUUCCAUGACAUCACCACCAUGUUCCAUGGCAUCACCACCAUGUUCCAUGGCAUCACCACCAUGUUCCAUGGCAUCACCACCAUGUUCCAUGGCAUCACCACCAUGUUCCAUGGCAUCACCACCAUGUUCCAUGACAUCACCACCAUGUUCCAUGACAUCACCACCAUGUUCCAUGGCAUCACCACCAUGUUCCAUGGCAUCACCACCAUGUUCCAUGGCAUCACCACCAUGUUCCAUGACAUCACCACCAUGUUCCAUGGCAUCACCACCAUGUUCCAUGACAUCACCACCAUGUUCCAUGGCAUCACCACCAUGUUCCAUGACAUCACCACCAUGUUCCAUGGCAUCACCACCAUGUUCCAUGACAUCACCACCACCCGCCCCACCACACGCACCACAUUGAGUGGCACCGUUGCUCGUCCCCAUUCGUCUCUCUCUUUCUUCUCCCAACCCCAUUUGCCCCGCUCUCCCAUCACCCUCAUGCAAACCCCUCCCACUGCCGAGUGGAAAGGCGGGCUACGAGGUGAAACCCUGCUGCCAUGCCCUCCGCCUUCUCCCUCUCCUCCCAACCCCUCCUCGCUUCCCCUCCCUCACCACUCUCUUCCCGUUCAUCCUGUCCCAAUCCUCAUUCCUCCUUCUCCUCCUACUACUGUCGCUCCUUUUCCAAACUCUCAUUCACUCUUUCUCAACCCUCUGCUCAUUGUGUUGAGCAGUGGGGGGGCGGUGGUGCCUGGGGGUCACUGGCCCUCCUUCCCCCCCCCCUCCUCUACUCCCCCCUCCCUCUCUGCUGCCACACACCUCCACGGCCCUGCCCUGCCCCUCAUUCGCUCCCUCCCUUGUCGCCCAUCUCCAACCCCCCAACCCCCCUCCGGGUGUGGCAUGGCAUGGCAUGGCAUGGCAUGGCAUGGCAUGGCACGGCACGGCACGGCACGGCAGGGGUCAUCGGAGGAGUACAUAGAGGCCAACAUCCAGCUCGCCCUGGCGCUCGUGCGCCGGCUGCACGGCGCCACCGCCACCACCGCCAAGAUCGUGCUUCCCGACGGGCCAGAGAAGCGCCGCUGCUCCCGCCGCUUCAAAGCUGCUCUGGACAUGACGGACGGGGUGUCGCUGGGGUGUUUGGAGGACGACCCUGUGGCAGCACCGGGGCAGGCGGGCGCACCGCAACCACGCAGCGCGGGUGGACGAGGAGAGGGCGGGUUCUUGUCGGCGCUGAAGAACGCGCUGGACCUUGACUUCGGGGGGCAGGAGACCGGCGAGUGGGCAGCAGCAACGCCAUCGGAUCUGUACAUCAUCGCCAACGCCAGCUGCCAGGAGCUGCCCGCCGUUCAGGCCUACCUCGAGAAGCUCCCCCCCGCCACGCCGGUGCUGCUUUUCAACCUGGAGCUCGACACGCUCAGGGCGGACCUGGGGCUGCUGGGCUUCCCCCCCAAGGACCUGCACUACCGCUUCCUGUCCACCUUCCGCCCCGUCUUCUACCUGCGCCCGCGCGACUACUCCAAGAGUGUGGCCGUGUCGCCAUUCAUCCUCAACUACAGCGGGGCGCUCUUCAGAAUGUACCCAGGGCCAUGGCAGGUGAUGGGGAAGCAGGAGGGCACGGGGUCGUACGUCUGUGUGGCGGAGGGGCCACAGCGCUUCCAACUCGGACAGGUGAAGGAGGAGCUGCAGCGUGCGCUGGGGCUGGGCGAGGAGGAUGGCUCCACCAUGCAGUUCCUGCGCCGCGGCUACAAG